GAAAACCCUUCUUAUCCAGUUGUGAUUUCAUAGUGCAAUUUUGAACCAAAAAUGAAUAAAUUCGGUUACUUGUCGGAGAACUGAUUCUCCCAUCACGUGGGAAAGCCGAGGAGAAAGCUUCCACUGGAUAUAGGAAACAAGAAAAACAGUCAGAUCUGGACUUCCAUCGCUGCGUUUUCCCAUCGAAUGUACAUCGGCUGACGAGACGAGUCGUCCCUAAGAAAUUGCAUUGGCGCUUUGCUAACGAACUGGCACUUGUCUUCCAAAGCCUGCAUCAGAUUUAUAUGGUAUUGGAACAACCGGAAGUCAAACGAUAACUUAAAAGGACACAAUCAAGAUCUACAUUACGGCUGCACUGCGCGCCAAGAAACACUACCUCCGCUUCUGCCGAUACUACCAGGCAUGUUUGCGUAGGCCUUCACGUCGUACGUGACUCUUACGUGAAAAACCCGUACUCGCUGUGUGAUUCAUUUUGACAGCUUCAUCUCGCGUUCAUUCCCCAAGUUAUUCGACAAAAUGGCGUCUGUUGAAAACAAACUACGAGUAUUGCUGGCGGAUUUGGAAAUCACACAACAUUUAUUGCAGAUAUUCGAUGAGUGUGGAAUCGAUUUUCACGAUUUGCUGAGUAUUACGGCCGAUAAAUUCCGUGCAUCGUUGGAACCAACAAAAAUAAAUUGGAAAUAUCCGGUACUGCAACAGUUGGUGUCUUCCUGGAGAACGCGAAACGUAAGUACAUGUGCACUUCUCUGUGUAUGCCAUGUAGGUUGUUUACUAAGGUAUUUCAACUUUUCACAGGAAUCUCAAAUUGCUGAUUUUCUGAAAUCCUUGGAGCAACCAUACCGCCUUCGGCUUACCGGUGAGGUGAGCAUCAUUCCGUUUACGUCUACUGCUGUAUCAUCAGACACCACGACCAUCACAACCCAUCAGUUUGCUACGAACGGACCGGCAUGUGAAUUCGAUUCAGACGUUCCAAUUUCCUCAAAUUCAUUUGUCGGGACACCAGCAUUUAUUCCAACGCAAAAUGUAAACAAUACGGACGAUAAUUUUGCUACUACUUCAGUCACCGGAAGUUCAACUUCCAUGCCACCAGAGUAUGUACUAACGCCAUCCACUGUUCAUGUAAAAGCUGCAGCAGCUGCUGAUUCCAAGGCUGUCAAAACUACGGACGCAUACUCCCUGAUCAAAACAACUUUACCGCUCCAGACAAGCAACCACUAUGAUGUUAAGAAAGCUGCAGCAUCCGAAGAAAAUGAGCUCCGAAAGCUAACUGAACUCGUAAGUGUAUUCUUAAUUAGUAGGUACGGGAAUCAAACAAUCAAUGUUUUGCUUACAUCUUGCAGGAAUCGAUAGUCAUUGGUUUACCAGA